UUGAGUGUAGAUGCCGAUCAUAGUGUUUUGAAGGUAGUAGAAUUUUUGCUGGAUAAUAAGGGAAUGCCGUUUAUUAUGUCGAUAGUAAGAAGGUUUCUGUUAGAGACUGGUUGUAGUAAAUCGUUGGAAAGACUAGGUGCGUAUGAAUUGCGGGUCAUCGUUGAUAUUCUUUUGGAGAAUUACGUCACGAGUAAUUUUUUAGAGACUGCUUCUAGCUUCUACGCGGACGCAUUGAGAUUAAUGGCUGCUACAAGGCGAAAAAGUGAGGAAUGGAUUUCUGAGAUUUCUGAGGCACGUGAUAAGUUCAGGCAAGUUGAUGGGGAUGUUAGAGCUCUAGAAUUGUUGAAUAAUGUGAUAAAGGAGUGUCGACGGAAUCCCGAGUUUUCGUGGUACGAGGUAACAAUGUUAUUGACGAUAACAGGCGAAUGGUACACCAGUGUCAGUUUGGAUUAUGAUAAAGUAUCGAUAAUUGAUUUAACAUCGAAGAUUGGGGAGUCUUUUGCGGAGUGGAUGCUUGAACUAGGAGGGCUGGUAAGUAUGUUGGGACUUUCAAAAUGUAUUUUUUUUGUUACAAUCUUAGUAAAUGUCUUAUAUUUCCUUGACAGUUGGGUGUCGUAGCGGGGAACAUCACAGGCGGCCUAAGCUCAAGGGGUCCUCGUAAUAGUAAACUUAGGUCCGGUUCAGACACGGCUCCACUCAUGCGCCGAACCAACGUCUGAAUCAAUUUCAUGCCUAACGCAUCGGGGCUGGGUUCAAAACUGGAGUAAGAUAUCUCAGGGUUAGUGCAAAAUUUGAAUUCAGAUAAGAAAACUUCAAAAAACCAUUCAGUUUAUUAAUUCUUUUUGCAAAUAAUAUGUUAAUUGAAUGCUCCAAAAAUAAUAAAUGAAAAAAUUAUCCCGGAAAUGCUUUUUAACAAAAGAUAAAGAAUCAGGAUUAAAAUUUUACCCUGGGAUAGCACUAAUCCGCCUUCAAACAACUGGGUCCAGGAUGGGAGAGGAAUUAGAAGACGGCAAACUUUUUGGUGCUUUUCACAAAAAUUGAUGUCACAAAAUUUGUGGUAAUGGUACCUGGGUCUGGUCUUGUAGGGGUAAAUAAAAAACCUGCAUGGACAUAUCCUUCUUUUCUUUUGCAGAAAGGUUUUGAGGACUUUGUCAAGGAACAGCAAAAACCUGGAUGGUUGAACUGA